AUGGCAGACGCAUUCAAUUUCGCUGCUCCAGCAAGGACAAGAGUAUUGGUGGUGCCUUUGAAUGAAGCUGAUCCUAAUUUCCACCGGUACUAUGAAAAGUUCCGAAACGCCAGUGACAUUCGGCUACUAGACGUGGCACCUAUACCUGAAUCACGCAACUUCAAUCCCCAGACAUUCCCACAGGGCAGAGUGCUCUAUGACUUUUGCACGAGUCCUUCAGAUGAAGACGUGCUGUUUCUUCACGAGUUUGAACCUUUCAGAGUGACAUUCGUUGUGCUUGGAUUGGGCAGCUAUGACGACUACGACGAGAAGGCUGCUGAUAAGUUUCAUCAUGACCAUUCAAAUGCAAUGGUUCACAAUUGUGUUUACUUCAAUUCCCCCUCUGAUAAGAUUGAGGAGCUGAAACAUGCAUCUGGCCUGAACACCUUCUUUGUGCCUGCUCUAGAGGAUCAAAGCAUCACCACUUUGGAAACAACCAUGUGCUAUAUCACCGAAAACUAUAUCAAGGCACUUGCUCUGUAUGUGUCUUCCAUCGAAAAUAUAACGCAUCAGUCACCUAUGUCGUUAAGAGACGGCACUGCAUUGCACAAGACCAUUAGUUAUGCUCAGAAGAAGGUAACUUCCGGUUCGUCAUUCAAAGUAUCUUUCUCGAAGAACCAAUCGCUGCCUUCUACUCCUGAUCUGAAAGUGAAAGCGUCUCAAAGACAAACAGGGCGACAAGCAAAGCUUACAGGUAAUUACUUGUUACUUGCAGGUCAGGCAAAUGAAGCCUUGCAGUACUUUACCGAUGCUGCUAUUAAUCUCAAAAAAGCAGAUGACAACCUUUGGUUGGGUAGUGCCCUCGAGGGUCUUGCCGUUUCAUCGUUAAUGCUCUCCUACCUCGGCAUUCCUCACCAAGCCCUGAAUCCAAUGUUAGCAUCGGUAUUACACAUACCUAAGAGUAAGCUCAAUUCUAUCAGCCUAGCGCAAAAGCGUUUGUCCACUGACUCGAUGGCAAGCAAGCAAUCCAACGGCAUUCAGGGUACCAGCAUCGCUUCAAACAUUACAUCAGGCCAUAUAGAAUUGAGCGGUUCUUCGAUCACUGAGUUUUUGCGAAUCUUAUGCAAUAAGACGGCGUUGUUUUAUAACCUCAGUGACGCAGAUUUCGAGAACUGCGUACCCGACUUGGUCUACAUCGAAUUUCUCCUAAGAAGCAUCAAACUAUUCAUCGUCAUUUACACUGCGGGUGCUGACACUGAGGCCAGCAUUCUCAACUGCAUCAUAAAAUCCACACCGGUUGAAAGCAAUGGUCCGAAAGACCCAGUUUUACGCACUGAAAUUCUUUCACUUAUUGACCAGGUCUUCAGCAUGCAACUUAUAGACUUGGAGUUUGUGAAACAAUGCAGAGUUUACUACACUUUAGCAUCGAUAUAUGCCGACUUGGGGCUCCGUCGUAAACGUGCAUUCAUUCUUCGGAUUUUAUUAGUCGCUCUUUUACCCAAAAUUAACCACAAGGGCGUCCUACCGGAUUUUGCCUCCACUGCUACACUUUCAGAGAUUUUUGAAUACCUUUUCGAGAUGUACAAUAUAGGCAGACAAACAGAAGCAAAAGACAUUGACGCUAUGGGCCAUUAUUCGGAUUGGAUAACGCUUCAGCUACAGCUUUUGAAGGUUUGCCUCAGAAUAGCUGAAUCUCUCAAGAACUAUGAAGCUCUUGCGAAAAUCUGUGUUCUUGUUUUGUCUAGAUACACCCAUUGCCUACCAAACGAGGAUCAGAUAAAAUUGAAACGUAAGAUGGAGUGGCUUGCCCUUUUAUCUAAAGAGAGCCAUAACUCAAUCCUGAUUCCUCAUCCCGAUCCUUUUCUUGUUAGGAAUGCCAAGUUUGUCUUGAAUCUGCUGAGUGAUGAGCUUAUACCAUUUCAACCCCCACCUGCUACCACUACGACGGGGAUGAAUGACCCUCUUAUUUUUAAUCCGUUCAGCAAAACACCAAAGGAUGUACCAUCGAAGGAGAAACUCAUUUGUGUCAACGAUAUCCACCAGAUCGUCAUUCUUUUACAGAAUCCCUUUGCAUUCGACCUUAGCAUCUCAGACAUUUCGAUAGUGGGUGACAAGAAGGCCAUUGAGACAGUGAAACCUCUGAUGCGAGUCGCUGGUGUUUCCGGGUUUAAUAAGCAAGACCUCAAUAAGCUUAAUGGGGGCUUGCUGUUCCAUCCUGGUCGUAUCAUGGACUCCGACCAGCAUGCUCUGGAGUCAACUAGCAACGUUGUUGUGCCACCAUUUUCCCUUUGCCAUAUUGCUGUUGCAUUUAGAAUUCGAGAGCCAGGAACUUUUACUAUAUCAAACUUUGAUAUCACUUUCGGGACUGCAGAACCCCAGCGAUUCAGCAUCAUUGAUCUGGAGAAGUCGAAAGCUUUUCAAAGAUUAGAGGCAUAUCUGUCAAUGAAGGCAAGUGAAAAGAAUGCUGACAGUGUACUCGAUAAAUGUGCUGCAAAUCUCAGAGAUAAAGAUAUCACUGGCCGGGCCACAAGUAAGAAGCUCUCAUUGACCGCAAUUCCAUCUCAAGCAUCGCUCUCACUUGUGGCAAAUCUGAUACUGAAUGGUUGGCUCAUGCUUUUAGAAGGUGAGAAAAAGGACUUUUCCAUUAAAUUGAGGAACACUUCAAAAUUGCCUAUCAAUUAUCUUUCAUUCUCAUUCUGGGAUUCUACUAAUGACUCGGUUAAUUCCAGACUAAACCAUGCCAACUCAAGCAAUCAACUUCUGGCAGAGGAAGUUCACGAGCUCGAAUGGCAACUCCUUGAGAACAAGCCCUUCACCGUGGUAAACAAGGAAGAGAUCUCAUCCCAUUAUAGAAUUAUCCAACCGCAAACGGAUGUUGAAUUCAAAUAUCAGAUCAAUGGAAAGAGAGGAAUGUUAGAGCUGAAAUUGAUUCUCGAAUACUGCAACAGAGCGUCGGAUGAAACACGUAAGAAUUACGUCAAAUCAAUCAGUGUCCCACUCAGCGUCACGGUACAGCCAUCCUUGGAGAUCAUUGGAUGUGAUGUGAUCCCAUUUUUCUCAACCUCGUUACAAGGGUUCCAAUUGGACGACUGUCCAGAGAAGGAGAGUUUCAUAGAGAAGAACAUCAGUGACUUAUUGAAAUUCAUUUCCAAAGCGAAGGAAGCUGAGGACGAUGACAUUUCACAAUAUUGUCUUCUCGUUCUUGAUGUUAGAAACUUAUGGAAAGAGAAACUAGCACUCAAAAUCUCAAACGAAGUUCAACCGGGAAUUUCUUUCGUUGUGAAUGAAAAGAUAGACUCCACCAAGACCAGUCGUUUGUUGAUACCUAUCCGCAGAAUCUGCGUUGAGGAUGUUGAUGUCAGCCGCCCAAUUCCUUCUUUGCGGAAGAAACAAUUUGUCAAGAACUAUGCAAUUACUGCCGAAGAAGAUGAACAAAACCGCAAGAACUUCUGGAUAAGGUCAUUCAUUCUUAAAUGUCUCAGCGGGUCGUGGCGGACAGUCACGAAGAACAACCCGAGAUCUGGAGCCAUUGACUUGCGGUCCAUACGUUUAGACACCAGGAUGUCCAACGCCCUAGUCUACGACAGUAUCCUGAUACAGCAUAGUAUUUGGAGCGCUGAAAGCUCGUCAGAAGUGGUUGACAAGAGGGAGAACGAGUAUAGAUUGGAAAAAGAGAACUUCUACGCUCUCAAGACCAAGAUUGUGAAUCAUACCAAGACAGAGUUAUCGGGCGUCUUACGCCACGUUCCAUUCCCAACCUCCGAGUCGAAUAGGCCAGAUAUAUCGAUAGAUCAGAGAAUCCUUUUCAACGGAGUGCUCCAAAAGACUAUUGGGCCCAAGCAGAUACCUCCUGGGGGAUUUGUUGAGCUUGAGUUGGGUUUCAUGGUUCUUGAGAAAGGCCGGUAUGAAUGGGGUUGCGUGUUUGAUGACUUCAAUAACUCAGGAAAGAAAACAGUCAGCAGAGAGCCGGUCUAUAUCACAGUGGUCUAA